CAGCCGCCAGGAAGGCUUCCAGGAAGUAGCUGCUGCCGCUGCAGAACUUGGAAAGGAGUGAGGGCAGAAGGCGGAGAGAGGUUGCAAAGGUGAAGGAAGGUAGGUGGGUGGGACGGGAUCCUUGCAAUCUGGUAGGAUUUCUUGCAAUUUUUGCAAUUUGUGGAAGGGUUUUCUAUGUCUGGAUGUAUAAAUGGGCUCUAAAAAGUUUAAACUUUGAAGGGGUAUUCAUGCUGGAGGAUUCGCUGCACAGCAGUGAAUUUACGAUUGGAGCAAUAUCCCAUCUUUCGUCUUCCAUUUAUAAUUUUACUUUUAUUGUUGUUUUAUUUGUGAGUUUAUUUGAGGUGAACUCAAAGCGGCUUACAAAAACUAACAUUAUUAUUAACAAUAAUUUUAUUAUUUGUACCCCACCCAUCUGACUGGGUUGCCCCAGCCACUCUGGACGGCUUCCAGCAUAUAUAAAAAACGUAAUGAAACAUUAAAACCUUCAAUACAGGGCUGCCUUCAGGUGUCUUCUAAAGGUUGCGUAGUUACUUAUCCCCUUGACAUCUGAUGGGAGGGCGUUCCACAGGGUGGGGGCCGCCACCGAGAAGGCCUUUUAAAAAUAAGAGUUAAAAGCCUCCUAAAAUGCUCAUCGAUAGCAUAUACAUAAAAGGGCACAUCACUUGUAUGUAUGCAGUGUGGGAACGUUUUCCAUUCACUUGCCUCAGUGGUGUUUAAGGCUUGAGAUAUCUGGUGGGUUUGUGAUGCAGGUGAGACUCGAAUCAGGAUCUUCUUGGACCACUUCGGAGACUCUUAGCUUUUAGUCAGUGCUGAAUACUAAUAGCAGACUCAUCCUCGAUGAGUCUGGGCUGUAGCCAAAAUGGCACCAUCUGUGGGCAAAUCCCAAGAUCUGCAGGAGUACAGUAGUACCUCAGGUUACAUACGCUUCAGGUUACAUAUGCUUCAGGUUACAGACUCCGCUAAUCCAGAAAUAGUGCUUCAGGUUAAGAACUUUGCUUCAGGAUGAGAACAGAAAUUGUGCUUCGGCAGCGCGGCAGCAGCAAGAGGCCCCAUUAGCUAAAGUGGUGCUUCAGGUUAAGAACAGUUUCAGGUUAAGAAUGGACUUCCAGAACGAAUUAAGUACUUAACCCGAGGUACCACUGUACAAGCAUUUUAAAGGGGGAGAGAACUCAUAAAUGGGGAUGUGGACACCCACAAACAAUUCAGUGAAUGAGCAUGCUCAGUAGGCAUAGAACGCAUUGCUGACUUGGUUGUUGGGGGGACAACGACUGGAAAACAGGGGUGGGGAUGGAAUAGAGUAUCCUGGAAAAGGAAUAGCUAGCUGGUUGGUUGAAACCCUGAACAGGACCACUCAACACUGCAACAUUUGGUUGCUGUUCCCAUUUGUCUGUACAGGCUAUGCAAAUUAUGUUGGGUGCCUUCUUGCUUAGUGUGACUGGACUCUAAUGUUAGGCAGAGAAGAUAGAAAGAGAGACACUGAUAAGCGGGAGGAAAGAAGAACCAUUACGGUGAGACUUGGGUGUUCAGGAGAGGGUGUGUUGAAGGGCUGUGGAGAUGACAGCAAUGCUAUCCCACUCAUUUUGCCCUCCCCCUUGCUGCCGGACCCACCACUUAGGGGCAUGUUCAGAAACCCUAUGAAAGGCAGCUGAAUCCUGACAAGUACUGUUUUUGGGGGACAGAAGGCGGGCGGGUGUGGAGGACUCUGGUCCUGAAUGGGGUAACUGUGCCCCUGAAGGACCAGGUGCGCAGCCUGGGAGUCAUUUUGGACUCGCCGCUGUCCAUGGAGGUGCAGGUCAGUUCUGUGUCCAGGGCAGCUGUUUACCAGCUCCAUCUGGUACGCAGGCUGAGAACCUACCUGCCCGCAGACUGUCUUGCCAGAGUGGUGCAUGCUCUAGUUAUCUCUUGCUUGGACUACUGCAAUGCGCUCUUUGUGCGGCUACCUUUGAAGGUGACCCGGAAACUACAACUAAUCCAGAAUGCGGCAGCUAGACUGGGGACUGGGAGUGGCCACCAAGACCACAUAACACCAGCUUUGAAAGACCUACAUUGGCUCCCAGUAUGUUUCUGAGCACAAUUCAAAGUGUUGGUGCUGACCUUUAAAGCCCUAAACGGCCUCGGUCCAGUAGACCUGAAGGAGCGGCUCCACCUCCAUCGUUCUGCCCGGACACUGAGGUCCAGCGCUGAGGGCCUUCUGGCGGUUCCCUCGCUGUGAGAAGCCAAGUUACAAGGAACCAGGCAGAGGGCCUUCUCGGUAGUGGCAUCCGCCCUGUGGAACGCCCUCCCACCAGAUGUCAAAGAGAACAACUACCAGACUUUUAGAUGAUAUCUGAAGUCAGCCCUGUUUAGGGAAGCUUUUAAUAUUUGAUGCAUUACUGUAUUUUAAUAUUGUGUUGGAAUCCACCCAGAGUGGCUGGGGAAACCCAGCCAGAUGGGUGGGGUAUAAAUAAAUUAUUAUUAUUAUUAUUAUUAUUAUCUUUAAACCAUACUUCUAUAUAUGAAUGAAAGAGAGCCUGGCCACUUCGUACGCAUCAAGGCUGGGGAUUUUGGCCUUCUUGGACCAGAUGUGGGAUAAUAAUUUGUUCUGUUAAGUUCCUGUUGAUCAUAAGUCAGUUAGCGUUUAUGGAAACUUCCUUUAGCUCAGGCAGUUUGGUUGGUUAUACACUUCUGCCCCAUUAUCUCUUGAAAUAUUGCUGCACUUAGAAUUAAUAACAGUAACUUUGUAACAUCGUUUGAAUGUUUUAAUCUCAUGAGCAACACACUGAUGAUAGACUGUUUAGUUUUGUAAAAUAACCAUAUUUAUUAUUAUUUAUUAAUUCCAUUUCUAUACCACUUUAUGUUUUUAAGAAAAAAACUCAAGAGAGGUUUAAAACAUCAAAUAAAACAAUAUGGAAUAUAACAUUACCAAAGAAAAUCAAAUAUAAAGUUUACAUUCAAAGCAACUUAAUUAACAGGAAGCUAAAAUAUUAUCUUAAAAACUUCAUAUUUAAAAUGUAGAUAAACCUUGAGGAUUGCAUGACGGAAAGACAGCCUGGAAAUUAUAAACAUGAAAUGAUAUAAUUGACCUAUCUAGUUUUGAAUCUUGUAUGAGUAACACAGUGAUGAUGUAUGGUUUAGAUCUCCAAAAUAACCUUAUUUAGAUACUUAAGAUUCAGAUAAACCUAAUUUCAUACUGAUUUUAAAGAUGGAAAAAUCAAAUUAGAAAAAACAUGAGUUGGAAGGGAAAAAUUAAAUACACAUGGUUAUACUUUUCUCUUGCCUUCCAAUAAUUUAGUGUGGGCCCUCACAUGCUUUCAAACAUACAUAACUAGAUCCAUAUUCAUGACGGCUAGGGACUUACUAUUUUAAAAAACAAGCUGUCAGAAACUUGAAUUUCAGUCUGUGUACCGCAUACUAUUGUCCAUGGAUAAUCCUUGUCUUAAAUUAAAUUCUCUGUAGUAGAAUCUGUGUAGCUCUGUCUGUGUAGCCUGUAGCGCUUGUCUUUUUGCAAUUUGACCUUAUGGUAUGGACUUUGUUAUGAGUAGAAAUCUUUCCCGCCUACUUGAUUUAUGAGCUUGUUUAUGCAGUAAUUGAUGGCCUUUAACUUUACGUGGUUUAUGCUAACAAUAUCUUUCCCUACCCAGGUGACACAUUCUCCUCUCCUUGAGAACCAUGUGGGAUCCCAAUGCAGGUAAGUGGGAAGAAGGAUUGAUGGGUUUAUCUGGGGUACCUCUCUAGGGAAUAUGCAUAGGGAUGGGCACAGAGGUGGCAACUAUUAUGUUGCAUGUGAGCUACCCCUGGGCAGGAGGGCAUUUUUUUAAUAGGCUUUGGCUGCCUCCAGAAAGGGCCCUGAGUGCUUUCUACGCACUGAGUCAUGUGCCUGUAUCCAUGCAUUAAAUAGCUGCCACACUAUUUUUUUAAAAAAAGAAAAGAGAAGAGAGUUAGCUGACCUGGUAGCUCCCAAGGCACCUCUCAUGCCAUUGUGCUGGUGUACCUAAUCAGCAUUAAAACUCACCUGGAUGGCAAAGAUCUUGCAAGUUCUCUGUGAGGGAAGUCCUGCCAAGUGGAAAAACAGAAGGCAUUUUAAGUCCAGUCACAAUUGGCUUGGGCCAGUCUUGCUUUCUGCAACAGAACUAGGUUGUCUCAAGUCAAGGAGAGCCAUUUGUUUUGCCUGACCUCACUGCCUGUGAGUUGUCCUCAGCGAUUCAGCAGAAGGCUCAGUUUGACAUUGCUAGCUGUCACUAGUGAUGUGUUGUUGCUUUUGAAAGACCCUGUGCUUUCUCCGCGGCCAACCACACGGCCUCCUUGGACCUCCUGAAUCCGAAUUUCCUUCUCCCGUUAGUGGAGACUUGCUUUCUGAACGUUGGAGGUCCUUGGGUUGAUUGAAGUUGAAACUUGUGUGGCCAAAAGCGCAGGGGCUGCUCCUCUAGAGCAGUGUUUCCCAACCUUUGGUCUUUGGCAGUUUUUGGACCACAGUUCCCAUCAUCCAUGACCACUGGUCUUCUUAGCAAGGGAUGAUGGGAGUUGUAGUCCAAAAACAGCUGGAAACCCAAGGUUGGGAAAUGCUCCUCUAGAGAACAUGCAGGAAUGUGGAAGGAAGAAGAACUGCUUCUCCUUGCAAGCUUGAUGGGCUGAGGUUGGUAGCGGAACAUGUGUAGAUGUGCCCAGUUAAGGGAGCAGCUGAACUGUUGUAGGAGAUCUAUAGCUCACUGGCAGAGCCCAGGCUUUGCAAACAGAAGAUCCUGGGUUUCUGAUCUUCCCCAUCAGUUUCGCCAUUUCUGCAUAAUCCAUCAAUUUUGUUUGCCAUUCUUCCUUUGUUGGUAAUGCUUCUUCUUCCCAGUAGCAUUCUCGCUGCCGUCGUUGCAUACAUAAAAAGUCUUUUAUCUUCUCUUGCUACUUCUUCCCCUAUUAAACCUAAAAGAAAGGUUUCUGUUUUUUUAACAAAUGUAUUCGUAAACAUUUUCUUUAAUUCAUUAUAAAUCCUUUCCCAGAAGCUGUUUACCUUACAACAUGACCACCACAUAUGGAAAAAAGUACCUUCUUUUUCUUUACAUUUCCAACACGUAUUUGAUUUAGUUUUAUACAUUUUUGCAAUCUUACUUGGUGUUAGAUACCGACGGUACAUCAUUUUCAUGUGAUUUUCUUUCAACGCACAGCAUGCUGUAAAUUUUAUUUCUUCUCUCCACAACUUUUCCCAAGAUGAAAGUUGGAUAUUAUACCCAAAAUCACUAGCCCAAUGCGCCCCACACAGUUUCAGCUAUGUCUUCACAAUUCAUAAGGGCUUGCACCCCCCCCACCCAAAUGAAAGCUGAGAUUCUUAGGGAGCCAAACUCUGUAUGCAAUACCAUGACGGCAGCUCCAAGUAGGCCUUGCAAAGACCCCUUUGUUUGGAAACUUCUGAGCUGGAUGGAUCACUGCUCUGACUUGGUAUAAGACAGUUUCCUAUGUUGUGGAGAUGGUUUCUUGAGCUCAUGUUGCCUAGUAUACAUAGACCAGGGGUAGGCAAACCAGGGGCCGGUCCACUGUCCCUCAGACCUUGUGGGGGGCCGGACUAUAUUUUGAAAAAAAUAUAUGAACGAAUUCCUAUGCCCCACAAAUAACCCAGAGAUGCAUUUUAAAUAAAAGGAGACAUUCUACUCAUGUAAAAACAGGCUGAUUCCUGGACCAUCCAUGGGCCGGAUUUAGAAGGCGAUUGGGCCGGAUCCGGCCCCUGGGCCUUAGGUUGCCUACCCAUGACGUAGAUGGAAUGGUAAGAUGCUUCAGGUUGACUGAAGCACUGCUGCAUGUUUCAUUUAGCCUUGCAACUGAUAAGAUUUUCUUUUCUCACCCCUCCCUUUUUUGUUUUAGGCCAGCCAGGCUCCUACCCAGGAGCAGCCUAUCCUCCCAACCCUUCUUAUCCAGCGGGCUUCAACCCUGCCCACCCCCCUCCUGUGAAUCCUGCCUUUCCCCCCGGUCCAGUACCUGUUGGCCCAUAUCCUGGGCCCCCAGCAGGGAUCCCCGGGCAACCUGCAUACCCACCAGGUCAUUCUAUCCUGCCGCCAUAUGCUGGGCACCAACCUGGUUACCCUGUCCCCCCUGGCGGUCCUUACCCCCCACCUGCCCCGGGUAUGCCUGGAGGGAUGGGGGUGAAUCCUUUGCUGCCCGGGGCUGUUGCCAUGGGGACCCAUGGGAUGGAUAAGAAGGCAGCGAAGAAGAUGAAGAAGAAGAUGAAGAAGGCGCACAAGAUGAACAAGCCACACAAGCACCACAAGAUGCAUGGGAAGGUGUGUGGAAGAGGAAGGGAGGGUUGGGGAAGAACAGGAAACUUGGACUUUCUUUACUUGUUGCUGUGCCUCAAGAAGCUAGCCAAUCUGGUGCUCUUCAGAGAGCCAGUGUGGUGUAGUGGUUAAGAGUGGUAGACUCGUAAUCUGGUGAACUGGGUUUGCUUACCCGCUCCUCCACAUGCAGCUGCUGGGUGACCUUGGGCCAGUCACACUUCUCUGAAGUCUCUCAGCCCCACUCACCUCACAGAGUGUUUGUUGUGGGGGAGGAAGGGAAAGAAAAAUGUUAGCCGCUUUGAGACUCCUUAGGGUAGUGAUAAAGCAGGAUAUCAAAUCCAAACUCUUCUUCUUCAGAUGUUGCUGGAUUCACAUCAUCCCUGACCGUUGUCCAUGCUAGAUGGGGCUGAUGGGAGUUGGAAUUCAGUAACAUCUAAGGGCUAGGACUGGGCGAUAUUUCAUCCAAAACUGGUUUGAAGUCCAUAUUGUGAUAUCAGCUUCAUAAUUUUUGACCUUGCGAUAUAACAUGAGUCAUUAUGUAUGUUAGGGCUGGGCAAUGUAUUGUCCAAAGCCAGUUUGAAUUCCAUAUCGUGAUAUCAGCUUCAUAAUAUUUGACCUGGUUGUAUAUUGUAAGUCAUGAUUGUGUGUGUGUGUGCUUUGCAAAAAUCACGAUGCAGGAAAAACUGUGAAGCCAGCCAAUGCCUCUACGUAGCUCCAUCCUAAUUACAGGCAUUGUGAUUAUAUCAGUAUAUUGCAAUGUUUAAAAGGUAAAGGGACCCCUGACCAUUUGGUCCAGUCGUGACCGACUCUGGGGUUGCGGCGCUCAUCUCGCUUUAUUGGCCGAGGGAGCCGGCGUACAGCUUCCGGGUCAUGUGGACAGCAUAACUAAGCUGCUUCUGGUGAACCUGAGCAGCGCACGGAAACGCCGUUUACCUUCCCGCCGGAGCGGUACCUAUUUAUCUACUUGCACUUUGAUGUGCUUUUGAACUGCUAGGUUGGCAGGAGCAGGGACCGAGCAACGGGAGCUCACCCCGUUGCGGGGAUUCAAACCGCCGACCUUCUGAUCGGCAAGUCCUAGGCUCUGUGGUUUAACCCACAGCGCCACCCGCAUCCCAUUGCGAUGUUUAGCUGGCGAUAUAUCACAAUGUUGAAAACCAGGUAUCGCCCUGCCCUACUGGGGGGCAUUAUGUUGAGGGAGGUUGCCAUGGAGGUAGAGGAGAGAAGGCCUGGUGGUCUGAGGUAAAUGGUCGCUGGGCCUUCAACCGUGAGCUAGACAGGGUCUGUGGGGUUUAUGAUUAGAAUUAUUUUGGGGUGUAGCUGUAAAUUAUGGGGAGUGAUGCUGGAGGAGGGUACAUCGCGUGGUUGGGGAGAGGUACUCCUUUCUGCAGGGAAGAGCUUUGACCUCUGACAGCCUGGUCCUCAGUCAAAUUGUGGACAUGCGUAUUGGCUGUCUUCAGAAAGGAGCAAUUGUGCCAGUUGGUGGGAAAAGGAGUCCCAAGAGAGAGAAUGGGAGAAGAAAAAAAUGGAACCGAAAGGGUGGGGGAAAGCCUUCUUCAAAAUGGAAAUGGAUCCCAAACAGAGUGAUGAAGAGGGUGGGGAAAGUCCUUUGCAAGUAGUCAGUUUGGACCGCUUGUUAAUUGGGGAUGGGUCAGUAAAAUGGACCAUGAUGGAGGGCGGUGGGAGGCAGCAGCCGAAUAGUGACACUGGGGGGGAGCACUAUUCAACGCUGCAAGUUCCCGUUAACUCUGGCUUCUCCCACCAUCGGCUGCAAACUCCAGUUGUCUUUGUCCAUGGCAAACGGCUCUUCGCAGUGGGGGGAGGAGUUUCCCCUCCCCUGCAGUACUUGUUCAGAGUCUGUCUUUUCCUUCAUCCAAUCUCUGUGUAUAGGAAACAGUAAUUUCAGCUGAUAAUGAGGCAUUAAUAUCCCCAAUUGACAUUUUCUUGAGCUGAGCUCUGGGAUAGAUUAAAGCCCUGAUUAGAUUUCGGUAGCAGUAACACUGAGUCAGAAUUGAAGUCUCAUGAGCCUCCCUCUUCUUCUGUUUACAGCCUUCCUCCUCCUCUUCCAGCAGCAGCGACUCCGACUGAGGCCUGUUCCUACCUCCCAGACGUAUCCUCUUCCCGCAAACGCUGACCCUUGCGCCAGUUUUCCUGCUUCCAACAAGCGCUGAUCUACUUAACUGUCACCAGAUAACAAUGAGGGCUGCUUGUGGGUCACCCAUUAUUUACAGGGUUUGGCCAAAGUUUAUCCCAACGGCAUGCGCAACCUCCUGCAAAGUCUGAUGGGAACUCUGGUGCUGAUGAUUUAAGCAGGGUUGGUGGGGUCAGCAAAUGAGUCUUAAGAAAGUCAGAAUGUGAGGCGACCAAUUGGCUUAAGUAAAGUUCAUCUGCAAAUGCCUUUGCUCUUCUGAAAUGUAGGCUCUUCAAAAUGGCAGCCAAUCAGGUUGCUUCUCAAGCACCCCGAAGCUUUCUGAUUGGCUUCCUCAGGCACUUGGGGUCCAAUUGAAUGGAUAAGAUGUGCUUUAAGUGACAAAGAAGUGGGCCUUCAGAUGGCAUUGUACUAGACCUCCCAUCAUCCCUUAUCAUUGGCCAUGCUGGCUGGGACUGAUAGGAAUUGUAGUUGCAACAACAUCUAGGUCAGGGUUUUGCAAACUUGGGGCUCCACCUGUUUUUGGACUACAAUUCCCAUCAUCCCUGACCACUGGUCCUGCUAGCUAGGGAUGAUGGGAGUUGCAGUCCCAAAACAGCUGGAGGGCCAAGUUUGGGAAACCCUGAUCUAGAGUGCCAAAGCAUAGCCACCCUUACUUUCGGCUGAGGUUUGAACGGGAGGUGAUGGAUCCAAAUUGGCCCAAGAAUUUCAAAAAAUGGCUCCCGCUCCUCAAUUCGAUCGUCUUUCCUGUGCUAUCUGGGGAAAUGGCAGAUAGAAGCGAAGAGAUUCGGAAAGUGUGUGUUGCUUAUUUAAUAUAAGGUUGAAUGAUAGGUUUCUUAAUAUUGCAGAUAAAAUGUGCUUGAUCAGGGAUGAUUAUGCUCCAUUGUGCGAACAUUUCAGUAGCUUUAUUACAUUAUUUCAGAGGCAUGAUUCAUUUUUUUAAUAUAACUGAGGAUGAAAAUCUUGUUAGGGGCGUGUUUCAGAAAGCUUAAAUACUGAACUUAAACAUGGGGAAAUAACACAUCGGUCGUUUGCGUCAUGUUUGAUUGUAAUGCUAUAACCAUGGGCACAGUUUUCGGUGGAUUAAAGUGGGUAUCUGAUCCAAGAUGGCUGGAGUAUCUUAAUGAAUUGCCAAAAAAACUAGAAUCGCACAUCCUUCCCUGUAAUGAUAGAAGACUCUAAGCCGUUGCACUUGGAGGGAGCAUGUUCUCUUUUUAACUCACAAUUGCUCUUUUUCCCUGCAGAAAGGGGCUACUUAGGGAACAAUCAGAUGUGCUUGGAGAAUAAAAGGAACAAGUUGCAGUUGACCAACCAGUUAAAAAGUGCAAAGAGAUUCCAAGCAAAAUGACUUCACACAGCUAUCCUUUAAAACUCUUCCUUGUUCUGACAAUUGUUAGUGUUUUAGUAUUUUGGUUUAAUAUGUAUUAAAUGCAUAUUAAAGGCCACCCUGGGAUCGUUGCAGGAAGAGCGGGUUACAAAAGUUCCAAAUAAAUCAUUUUUUAAAAUGUUCUUUAAUAUCUUGGUGCAUGUUUUGAGAGUGCGAGGAAAAGCUUUGUGGAGUAUAAACAGCAAGUUUAAGCGUGUCAGGGAUUCUCCAGAUUGUUCGACAAAGGAAAGGGGGAGCAUCGCUGUGCAAUAUCCAGCGCACAUUAGCAGAUCAUAAUUGUCAACAUGCUAAUUACUGUGUAUCGGGAUGAAUCAUCUUCUGCUUGUUUAUUUCCUUUUGACAUUUUGCUAUUAUAAUUCAGCAGCUGAAUAACGGCAGUUACAAAAAUGAGUAGGCUAAUCCUGGGCCUAAUCCUGUGCUGGGGUAAAGCAGAUACUGUUUUGUACAUUGACACAAUCUCCACAUGCGGACCUUGCUGACAAACAACAACAUUUGUGGAUAAAAAGUACAUUUGCCUUGUGCCUUCCCCACGUCAGUCUCUUAAAACCGGUCCAAUAAAUGCAAAUGUCACCCUUUGGACUCGUUUGUGGAGCCAGAAUGGGAAGUGCAUAAUUAUUCGUUUAGAUUUCUAUCUUGCCUUAUAUCCAAAGGUCCAGCAGUAGGAAGCAUUAAAAGUAAUGGACUGAAAGGCUAGAAUAUUUCAACAUGAAAGUUGAAAUCCCCUUUCCCCUCCUAAAAUUAGGCUUGUAAAGAGUCAGUUUGUCUAAUGACCUGUGGGGAGUUAGACUUGUCUCCAGGUAACCAGGCAAGCUUAUCCAGCUUUUGUUAAGGAAGACAUUUGUUCUCUCUACCUGACCCCUGCUUUUAGGUUCAAUAUGUAUACGUUUUACACAGAUGUGUGUGGGUAAGCAGGCUAAUAAACAUUUUUAUUUGGGGAUAGUA